CCCUGCCUGACUGCCAGACUUCCGGUGCUCUCUUUCGCCAACCAUUGGCUGACCUUAACUUCACGUACAUUUUGCGUCAGCCAACAUGGCGGUUCUGGAGAAGAAGAGUGGUGUUUCUAUGAUAAAUGUGUCUGAAAUGGCAAAGAGUCAAACCUCAAGUAAUGAGGUGGCUAAAGCCCCUGUGAGUGUAAAGAAGAUACCGAAGGGAGCACGUGUAACCUACUGUGAGUUGUGUCGGAAAAUAUAUUCUACUUUUGAAGCACAAAGGCAUGUGCAUAGUAUGCAGCAUCAUAGCGAGCUGGAGGCAGUGCUGGGCAAGGAUUCAUUUCACGAAUGCCAGGUGUGUAAGGCAUCCCCCAUGGGUUUAAAAGAGUAUGCUGAGCACAUCUCAACCAUUAAACACCAGACCAGGUUGAAGGGCUUCACGAAAAAGCCUCUCUCUCUGUUGAAGAUUUUGGGCAAAAAAACUAUGCUACAGAUCCGAAGAAGAAACAAGACACUGAGAAAAGAGGAGAAGAAAGAAGGGAAAAAGAUCAAAAAGAAAGUGAAGCAGAAAGCCGCUAGGGAGCAUCCAAUACCACUUAUAGCUAAAAAUACGACCAAAGGGAAGCAGGAAAAAGCCAAGCUAGUUAACAAAGGCCUACACCUGCCGGAUACUCACCAUCAAGGAAAGAACAAUUCUGUUUGUCAAAACAAAGAGAACAAAGUGUCCAGUCUGCAAGGUUCCCUUUGCCAAAGAGAAUCAACUCCCCAGAAUCAAAGCACAAGAUUGGUUUCCCUGUCAGAAGACCCUGCUGGUCAAACUUGGCAUCCCUCCACUGUUAGAGACCAGUCCACACAAUCAGCUCAACAGCCACUGUAUAGUGACAACUUUUCCAUCAAUAUCAAGAGCUCCCCAACAGACAGACCUGUUAAAAGACUUUUAAAAAAUCAAAGGGAACUAAGAACAACAAAACUACAACAAAAAACGUGGCCUGCCAUCACCCAGGAUGACUAUUACAACCAGCAGGACGAUGGAGAAUUCACCAGUGAUCAUCUUCCUUGUAACGGAGCCAUCAUCUUUGGUCAGGACCAGAAGGAGAGUCUAGAAUCCUCUCAGUCGGCACAACAGGCUUCAGCUCAAACCGCUUCAGCUCAAACCGCUUCAGCAAACGGAAACGCGAAUGCAGCUCCAAUACGGGAUGUCGACGUCAGUACGAUGCUACGGCAAAUCAGAAGAGCGCUGGGUGUGAGGGAGCCGUGUAGAGCUGACCGCGAAGCCCGGAAGCAGAGCGCUGAGGCUGGUGUCCGGGUGUCUGAUCACAGCACGGCGAAGCGAGCUCGAGCUGAGAAAUGCCAGCUGACGGGAGCAUCUUCCCAGGUUGACACAUCUGGCCCCGUCUCCACUAUUACUUCAUUUCAGCAAAAGCGGAGAUAUUUUCAAAUUGUACAAGAAUGCCCGGACUCCCUCAACAGCCAGACCCCUCUGAGCCCAUGUCCGCCUACAUCCUCUGAGCCCGACCUGAACAUCCCCAGCAAGGUUCGACGGGAACGGGGCAGCAGCCAGUCGGCUGAAGCUCACCCCGUGAAGAUGGAGCCCACCUUGGAUCAUGAUGUUGUUGGAGAUUUUAGCGCCUACUCUAGUGCCAGCAAGAGGAAACCCAACGUUGCUGGUGACAUUUUGGAUAUGCAGCCAACUGCAAAAAAGAAGAAAACAAAGUCAAACAAUGACCAGAGCCAAAUGGACCAGCUGUUGGCUGUGUCUCUGAGGGAGGAUGAGCUAAGUCACUCUUUGCAGGAUUUGGACAGGUCUCUGGUCCAGGCCCGCAAUUCCCUGCAAGCUGCCUACACAGAAGUGCAACGGCUCCUGCUAAUGAGACAGCAGUUUACCGUGGAGGUCAACAGUCUGAGAGCUCAGCGAAUUGAAAUCCUUCAAGGAAUGCAAGGAGGAUACUCUAGCGCAGAGAAAGCCACCACCUCCUCGGCAGUGUCUGCUGCGACAGCGCAUCCAAGACUCUCUCCCCUUCCUGCCUCAGUCUUCCCCACCUCUUCUGGCCAGCAGCCAUCUCCCACAGUCCCACCCACUUCCAUGAGCCCCCUCGCCCUGCCGACCGUUACAGUCAAGCAAGAACUUUUCAAAGGUAUGCUUCAGUUACACGCAAACCAACCCGUGCCCCCGGUUCCCCCUAAUUUUCCUUCACCGCGGCUUCCAUCGCCAUCCUUGGCCCCGCCGGCUGUUACCGCUGUCAAACGAGUCAAAGCCGAGUGCUCCGAAUCGGCAUGUACAAACAGUUUGCCCGAAUGGGCUACCGGGCAGCAGGCGGCGACGUCGGCGAGAGGAGAAACGUGGUCAGCGGACAAUGACUCUGAGGAAGAGGCCGAAGUAAAUCUCUGCAGAGAACGGGAGGAGGCGGAAGAAGAGCCCGCGGCAAUUGACGAUAAAGGGAGCGAGAGCGAGGCCUCUGUCGAAAUGAUGGAGCCAGGCAACGUGGUGGUCAUCAACAUCGACGAAUCGGAGGAUUCAGACAAUGAGGACGGACCAGAUUCUCCGGCCAACCAAGAGCCCCCUCAAGAGUUUAUCAGCGUGGAGCUCAGUUCGUCAAGCGAUGCCGAGGGGAAAGCUCAGCCUACACACGAGCCAGUGAAAGAUCCCAGCAGUACGCUCGACGACGACGACGAGGAGCCGUCUGUGGGAGCUUUUUUAAGUCACACGGGCCCCGUGCACGGCCUCCAGAUUCACGAGGGCCGGCUGUACACGUGUUCCGGGGACAACACGGCGCGGGCCUACUGUCUCAUGACCAAGGAGUGCAAGGCAUUUUUUGUGGGUCACACAAACAAAGUGAACUGUCUGCUGGUGUCGACGGUCCCAAAAAUUCCAAGUCGCCUCUUCACCGGAGCCAGUGACAAGACCAUCCGCUGUUACAGCAUAAAGACCACGAAGUGUCUGGACCAGCUCUCCCUAACGGACAGAGUGUUGUGUUUGCACAUUGCCUGGAACAUCCUUUAUGCUGGACUGGCCAAUGGAUCAGUGGCUAGCUAUGACUUAAAGACUCUGAAGAACUUGGAUGUGUUUGAGUGCCACGGCCCACGAGGUGUGAGCUGCCUCGGCACUUCCCAGGAGGGCGCCCGGCGAGUGCUGCUGGUCGGCUCCUACGACAGCAGCAUCACCGUACGCGACGCCAAGAGCGGCUUGCUGCUGCGCACGCUGCAGGGCCACACCAAAACGGUCCUCUGCAUGAAGGUGGUGAAUGACCUGGUGUUUAGUGGCUCCAGUGACACAUCCGUUCAUGCUCACAACAUCCACACGGGGGAGUUGGUUCGUAUCUAUAAGGGUCACGAUCAUGCGGUCACAUCGAUAGUCAUCUUGGGGAAAGUGAUGGUGACGGCCUGUCUCGAUAAACUGGUCAGAGUUUACGAGCUACAGUCUCAUGAUCGUCUGCAGGUGUACGGGGGUCACACUGACAUGGUGAUGUGCAUGGCCGUAUAUAAGAGUGUGGUCUAUACAGGCUGUUAUGAUGGAACUGUUCAAGCUGUGAAGCUCAACUUGAUGAAGAACUACCGCUGCUGGUGGCAAAAUUGCGCUCUGAUCUUCGGCAACCCGGAGCAUCUUUUGCAGCAUCUCGUCAGAGAUCACAGCAACCUCAACCUGCCGGCCGCCAAAUGUCGCUGGAAAAGAUGCCACUCUUUUUUUUCCACUCAGCAGUCUGUUCAGCAGAAGCUGCCUGAACACAUGCGGAACCACGUAGAGAACGACAGUAAGGUGCAGCCUUGAAGCAGCUGUGGAGAGGAGCUGUGUGGCAGAUACGGUUGGAGUCGCAGCCACAACAACACAUCUGCUUUUAAAAAAAUAUCUAUUUUCUUUUCCUUUUCCAAGCGGACAUGAUGGUUUUUUCUGUUAUGCUCCAGCUUUUCAGGUGCUGAGCAGAUCUUGUGUAUAAUAUUUGAUCUGUUACAGUAAGACAACACUGACUCUGUCAUUUGAAGCCUUUGCAUGACCAAAAACUCAAUUGUUUUUCAAUCAAAUUAACAACAAUUAUUUGCAGUUAAAUAAUUAAUCUUAAUAGAGCAAUUCAUGAAUCUAUUGUUGGUUUGGUGGUCUGAGUUUUUUCAAAAUGAAUUCCAUUUUUGGUAUUCAGUCACAGUAUAUUGUAUAUUGUAUUGUAUAUUGUUCAGUAAGCCUCCUUAGAGAUGUCAUUAGUUAAAGGUGGAGCUAAUUACUCAGAACAUUUGUAAAACUAUGCAGCACUGAAACAAACACUUCCGAGUAGCUUUUAAGAAGCAGUCUGUAGUGUUAACUGCCAUCAGAAUCACAACUUCCAUUUCUUUUGGCAAUUGACUCAAAGUGUUAUUUUGAUGAACAGCAGGGAUGCCACAGUUUAGUUAUUCACCAAAAUCCUGUUAGGCAUCAUCUGUCAGUGAUGUGACUCAAGUGGAUUAUAAAGGAUUAUUCCUCCCAUUUAGGCUUUGCACUCUUGUCAAAUUGGUGGUCUUACAAUGCACCUGUUUAUAUAAAGGAUCCCGAUUGAUGCAGAAAAACACAAUGUAUUUUCUUUUUUCCAUGCAUUCGUCUUCCUUGGUUAAACCUCGAAAGCCCACAAGUCCACCAAAGAUUUGGGUUUGUUAUGCUAGUGCUGGCUAAUUUAGGGUUAGAAGCUACAGUUUGGUAAGAUCACUUCUUUGUAUACCACACUUCAAGAUCUCAUUUUCAUUUUAAAACUUUGUAAAAUGAAGCAGUUUACCAGAUAUCGUUCAGCACUCUGGAACCACAAAGAAUAAGGCUUUAUACUUAUUUUUUCACUUAUACACAAUCAUUUUAGGAAGAGUCAGAACUCUUUUAGAUUUUAAAAUCCUUUUUGAGAUUUUUCCAAAUUUUUAUCCUGAGGUUUUCCUCACUUGAGUUAUGGAAAUAAACAGGCUAUAUUUCUGCGUCUUCUAUUAUUUAUAGGACGUGCCGUUUAAAAAGUAACUCAAGGGUUUAAAAUGCAUUGGCUAAUAUUUGGCAUUGCAGACUCUCAGUAAAGAAUGAAAUGUGCGACCUCCCCACUUUUAAGUAGAGUUUUUCUUUUGUUUUUAUUCACAUUUUCAUUUGUUUCCCAAUACCAGUGUUAAGACAACGUAUCCUUAAUGUCCCUCUUUCACACUCAAAGUAAUUAAUUGUUUGCUGAGACGUUUUGAUUCUAGAAAAUAUGGUUUAGCCACAUUUUAGCAACAAAUGUCCCCUUAUUUAUAACAUUUCCCAUUUUAAGCAAUUUUCUGCCCAAUGUCACCUUAAAUUCUAUUACUUUGAAAAGUAGUUGUGAUUAAACCUUUCACGGACUUAACUUAUGUUUUCAAGUUAUGCCUUCAUUUUUGUAUGUUGUGUAAGGUGUGUAUUUGAUUUGUCUUGAAUACCUGUAUGUACAGCAAUAAAAUACAAAUACAAUUCAC